UCAAUGCGAUGGGGAAUCGGGAAGUCAAGCUGCAUCAAAACAACGAAGUCACCAAAGUUUAGUGGAUGCGUACAUGUUCGCCUUAAAAUGGGCGGUGCCUGUAUUCUUAUCCAAUGAAUAUCGUUCUCUAUUUAAAUAGCUUUUGCUGUCAGUCUAUUUUUCUCAGUCGGCUUCCUUUUCCAUCGCCAUAUUGGCCACUCAGAUGACUUGCCUGUUUUUCUUCGCUCUUACUACGAGACUAAACUGACAGGACAGCCCUGUUCAGCUGCAGUUUGUUUUCAAGUUCAAGUGAUCGUAAGCUACUGCACGCAUUGCCACACACUGAAGGGAGUUCGCCAAGAUCGUAUAGAAUUUGGCCAUGCACGCAUUGGCCUUAAUGUGGGCUUUAAACGGUUAUUGUGGCAAUAAGUGUUGGUAAUCUCGGACUCUGUUGGUUACAUAAAUUGACGCACGGACAUUUUCAUAUGUGGAAAAUGUCAAAUGUUCGUCUUUCUAAUGGAAGUCCAACGCUGGAAAGGGUGGAUUCUAGAUCGACGGAUCUCACCAGGGACCCCGUCUGCAGAAAGCUUUUCGGACCUGUUGAUCAUGAAGAGUUUAAGAGGGAUUGUAAGGAGCAGAUGCAAGAGAUGACAAGAGCAUCCAGCGAGUCAUGGAGUUUUGAUUUCGUCAAUAACCAGCCUCUGCCUUCUGGGAAAUUCGAGUGGAGCGAGGUAGAUGGCAGAGACGUUCCCGAAUUUUACACCAGACCUCCGCGUAUACGCGCAGAUUCCCCAGACAGCGUGGAUCAUAACGGGAAUCAUGACUUGAAUACUAUAUUUCCUACUCCGUGUGCGAGUGGAGGAGGGCGCUCGGAGGACAGCGACGCUGAUCGGAGUCAACAAGGGUUUUCGGAGACUCGUAAUGCAUCAAGGAAACGGCAUGCAAGUCAAGAAUCUACGUGCCGAAGUAAAAGAGCCAACACAAGUUCCAGAGAGGUCGGCCGUGGUCGAGACACGACAGAUCUGGUAGAACAGACGCCUAACAAAUCUGGUCCAGGUCCUAACCACGAACGUUAACUUUCAAAGACCUAACGAUUCCUACCUUUUCCAUGAAACACUCUUGGUGCUUGAAGAAGCCAUGCGGAUCUGCAGUGGGAAAAGACUCAUAGCCCUACACGAAGAUGGGAGGGCUUGUAGAAGCACUGAUUUUUUACACUAAAGUUUUAGCACUCAAAGGAAUACAGUUGCCUCAAAAGCAAACUAUGUAGCAGUGUGCAAUUGGAUUUUGUCCUAUUUUGCUCAGUUUUUUUUACUACCUAUCUAUAAAUAUUUGUUUUAUAUGUAGCACAUACAAAGUAAUAUUGUGUACUUGUAAUAUUAUAAAUUUGUAUUACAGUGUGUGACUUGAAGAAUUGCAGUGCAGUUUUAAAAUGUCUCCCCAAAUUGCUGUUGGUCCUUCCAAUGGAGGGUUCUCCUGUUCAGGUAAUUAUUAGUUAGAUAUUGACAUCAGGGUUGAAAUAUUCUAAAUCAAAAAGUGCCUAUUUCAUGAGAUAAGUGCAGUUAAUAAAAAAAGAGAGGGUUGCCGUUUUUAAGUAGGUCAUAAAAUAGAGAUUGGGGGGCCAUAACCUUUCAGUUACAUUGCCUAGCUCAGAAAAAAAAAUAGUUUACGUAUAAAUUAUGGUUGGUGGCGAGUUUAUUUUAUUUGGGGUUAAAUAUGACUGUGAGCGAAUGACGUUCUGCCAAAGCUUCAACACAUUGGAAGGAUGGGGUGGGGGUGGCCUGGGUGUUCAGGGGUGGUGUAAAGUUAUAUUCUAUGGUGUAUCUGAUAGAAUAUAACAGUAUUAAAUCACUGGGAUAUCCCACUAAAUUUAUUUUGUGCCAGUUAUAUUGUUAUUAUUAGUUUUUAUUCUUUUUUCCUAGAAGUAAAAAUCCUACACAAAAUUCUACUGAGCACUUAUCACAUAGCAUACAUAGCUUAUGUGUACAUUCAAAAUGAAUAAAAAUCUUCAUUUCAUGCAUUAAUCACAGUAUAGAAUGAUAUUGGCUUUUAACACUGGGUUGUGCAUCUUCAAACCACAUUAAUGCAAAGAUGUCAUUGUUAUCACAUUCAUGGGUAUUUGUGUUGAUAAUGUCAUGGCAUUAUGAUUAGAGAAGAAUAAAGGGGAGCGAAGACGUUACACUGCUUUUAUUUGUGUACAAUUUUGAAGUUUAUUUGUAUAUAUUACUAUGUAAGGAAACACUGAGGAAAUUAUACUAACUUAUUUAUGUUAGGCUUAUGUUGUUUAUGACUAUCCAAAGUGGCAUUUGUGCAUUUUUUGUAAGUCCAUAAUUCUCAGAUAUAAAAAGAAAUAAGUUGUGCAAAUUUGCAAACUGAGCCUACUUUUAAAAUGUGGAUUUUGUAUUGCAUGUUUGAAAAAUAUUAAAAGAAUAUCAAAACCUGA